GCAAUAUAAGAGUGAGAAACGAAUCGAACCCAUUCAUUGUGCCAAUCUGAAAAGUCCAACUUAUUUGAACCAGAAUGAAAGCUUCGGUAUUUGUGAUUCUGUUUCCAUUCUGUCUAGCGGUGAAAAUCAAGUUAGAAAAUUAUACUAACACAUUUGAAACAACAUUCGGAUGUCUUCAGCUCAGUACGAAUGAUGGCUGUCGACCUUAUCUGUCCACCAACAGAUUCAAAAACCUCAGGACAACGGUAAAUAACGUUACCACCAUGAGGAUGGGUGUGAUGGCAGCUGAAGGACCGCACAUCCGCUUGUCAAGGAUCGAGUAUCCGGUAGACGCUAAAAUUAAUGAAAUCGUACUUUCUGCUUGGAACAAUACGGCAAGUGAGAUGCGAAGUUACGUACGCAAGGCAGAUGGAACUUUAACGGAUUAUCAACUGCUGAAACGUAUCAGUACCCCCGGGAUGUUGUCACAGUUCUACCCGAUGCUGUUUACGAUAGAAAUAGACCAGACGGGAGUUGUCAAACUGGUUAAAGAUGGACACAGGGUUCCGUUGGUGGAAUUCCAAGAUCGAAACCUUUCGUUUAACUAUGUGGGAUUCUGUAAUUACAAGGCACCGGCCACAUUCUUCUUCGAUUGUCCUCUUGUUUAAUGGAUAACAGUUGAGCUUCCAUCUUAUUUAUUUUUAUUUCUUUAUCUCUAAGUUCAGAUUUUAGGCCAAAAGUAAAUUUCAUCACAUUUUAAUGUUUUGAUUUGAGUUCCAAAAAUAAUUAUAUUCUAUAAAUAAUUACCAAAAAAUAUAGGUUCAUUCCAGAAAUUUGACCAUGAAUUAGUUUAAGAAUCGAUUGAGCACAUGGAAAUCCCGAAUUUUCUUCUCUAAAUUGAAAUUAUUGUCAUGAUUUUUUAUGUGCAGAAUAAGUUUCCAGAACAUUGUUGACCUCAAAAAUGCGAC